AUGGCAGAACUGACGUCCUGUUUACUGGUGCUGACCUUCAUCUCCACAGACUUCACACACUCUGUCCUCAAGGAAGGAUUUGGAAACUACAAUGAAAAGAUGAAUACACUCAUGGCCAACCUCAACUGUCUGACAGAGCCUGAUACCUUUUCUGGUAGACAGAAGCCUCCACCAGGCCCAGGGAAGGGGGUGAUAUAUAUCUACCCCACUGGCCUUAUCACUCACAAGGAGUGGCUUCGGGUGACCAAGAAGAAAUGGACAGUUGUGGACAGAGUGGCUCACUCUCCAAUGGCAAUGAAUAAUUACACGUCUGUGGUAGAGUUUGUCCUGCAGGGAUUCUCUGGGGAUCCUGGGUUCCAGGCUUUCUUCUUAGCCUUCUUCUUCCUUUUUUAUAUCCUGGCUCUUGCAGGAAACACCCUCAUCAUCAUGGCCAUCAGCCUGAACCCAAGUCUCCACACCCCCAUGUACUUCUUCCUUGCAAACCUGGCCCUGUUGGACAUUGUGUGCACAUCCACAGUUCUUCCCAAGCUGUUGGAGGGUCUGGUGGGUAAGGGCAGCCACAUCUCUUAUAAGGGAUGCAUGACCCAGCUUUUCUUCCUAACCUGGUUUCUGGGGGCUGAGCUGCUGCUGCUCACUGCCAUGGCCUAUGACCGCUAUGUGGCCAUCUGCCGCCCACUGCACUACAGCCUGCUGAUGAGUCGACCCGUCUGUGUCCUACUCGCAGGCAGUGUGUGGCUCAUCAGUGCUGUCAACUCAUCUGUGCACACUGGCCUAAUGGCACAGCUCGAUUUCUGUGGCCCCAACAAAAUUCGUCACUUCUUCUGUGAGAUUCCCCCACUGUUGAAGCUCUCCUGUGCUCCAACACAACUGAACGAAGCCAUGGCCUUUGCUGCAGAUGUCUUCCUGGCUGUGGGGAACUUCUCUGUGAUCAUCCUCUCCUAUGGCUUUAUUGUGGCCAGCAUCCUGAGGAUCCGCUCUGCCGAGGGCAAACGACGUGCCUUUUCCACCUGCUCUGCACACCUCAUCGUGGUUACCAUGUACUACUCCACAGUCAUCUACACGUACAUCUGCCCUGCAUCCAGCUACUCACUGAACAAGGACAAGGUGGCAUCUGUCAUCUACACCUCUGUGGCACCCACCUUGAACCCCCUCAUCUACACUCUGAGGAACAAGGAUGUCAAAGUUGCACUUAGGAGACUUCUGUUCUGCUACUGA